GUGACACUCCUACUUCAAAGAGCGUAGGAUAAAAUUGUUUUCGUCGUGAAUAAUGACAUGCCCAGAGGAAACAACAGUGCUAAUCCUCCAACUGUAUCUACAUAUUAAGCAUACGUUUUUUCACAUUCAAACAAGUCGCUUAAAGUUAUUUAAUUUUGCCAGUUCCGUUAAUAGCGUCGAUGUGAUUUCCAAAUAUUCCGACAACACUUGAAGGCGGCGUCAGUCUGCACUGCCUACGCGCUGUGCAGGAGAGGGAAGAUGGCGGAGAGCAGUGUCGAGCCAGAGCACGAAUGGGUUGAACGGGGCCUGGACACGGCCGAGGACACACUGGUUGCGAUGGAAACUCUACUGGCCACACUGAAGGCCUUCGAAGACGUGCUCAGGCAACGAGAAGUAUCCGUGGCGUCGUCAUCCGAGUACUGCGACAACUUCUGCCAGGCACUGAUGCAUUAUGCUGGCACCAGGAACUCCAUAGACCAUGGACUUCCUCUUCUGGAAGUCUACUGCCUUUCGAUAAACUGCUUUGCGGCGGCCCGCUCUCACCUCACGGUGGAGUCGGACAAAGUGACACUUGUUUUGAAGCGACUAGCACUGAGCUGCUUUGAGUUAUUUCUGUCAGUUCCAGAUAAUGAAAUCCCGUGUGAAGCCUGGAUGCAGUUCCACCAGUCGGUUCAGAUUGCGCAUGAUAUGUUAAUAAAGUACGGGAGCACGGACCUCCAGGCUUUGCUCCAGAUCACCGGGGAGGGGGGUGCGUGGAGCAAUGCCGUCCUCUCCGCCCUCCUCAACGGCCAACCUACUAUACAACAAGAAGUCGACGCUUACAUCAGCUUGGAGGGCGACGGCUUCAUGGAGAUGCGAGUGAAGCACCUGGAGAAGAUGGGCGAAGUGGCCAAGGCGUUGGUGCUAGCCAAAGCGUGCACUGAAUGCAGCACCGUCUCCAACCAUGCUACCUUUCGUCAAACAUACGUCGCUCUGCUUUGCCAACUGCUCCCCAAUGAAGAAGCCAUAAUGGAGAUAUCCCGGCUGAACUGCAAGGACGCUGUUGAGAUUACAACAAACUUGGAGACAGAGGGAGAGGAGAACACUGCUUUUAUCUUGUGCACGACCUUCCUGACGCAGCAGCUACAGCAGCCCAGCCUCGACCAAUCCUGGGAGCUGACUCUUCUGUGGAGUAAACUGCAGAGAAAGAUUGACUCUUCGCUUGUGUCUCUUCUUGAACGAUGCCUUCAACUUGGUGGCGUUGCCAAAACUGUGCAACAUUUGCUUUACCUUGUUCGUGUUAUUCAGACAGAGGCAAAAGAAAUGGGGGCCGCUGCCUCAGUCGAGCUCAGUGUCAAAGCCCUCCGACUUCCAAAGCAAGAUGACGUGGAAGCAAGAGUUAGCAUCUGUAAAGUGAUGUCGGGCCUCCUGCUCAACGAUCUUGAAGUGUUGCGUGCCUGCCAACUCACAGAGUUCCUUCUCGGCCCUAGCCAGCAGGUCUUGAGCUGCCUCCAGGAGCUGUACAUGCGCCCGGAUCAGAAGUACGAUCAGGAGAACGGUGUAAUUCCCAACUCAGUGCGCUGUGAACUGCUUCUUGCACUGAAGGCACACUGGCCCUUUGACCCUGAGUUCUGGGACUGGAAAACCAUAAAGUAUCAUUGUAUCUCCCUUCUUGGAUUGAAGACAGAGUCCGAAGAUGAGGGCGAGUCAUUGUACAAUCGAGAACAUGAGAAACUGUUAGAUAAUAUUGGGCACAAAAACAUUUUAAAUGGAGGUGUUAAAAAAGAAUUUUCUUACAUAGUUUCAGAUGGAGAAGGCAAUAGGAGAAUCAAACUCUGUUGUCGAAUUUGUAACCGUUCAUUCACUGACACUCGGAUUAUGCACCACUCUAAAAGACACGCAAUGGAUGACAAACACCCCUGCCCCGUUUGCUUGCAGCAGUACAGUAGCAGAAAGGAGCUCAUUCCACACAUGAAAAAGCAUGUUCAAAAACAGACGGUCCUUCCCAAAAACAACACAAUAAAGAAGGACUUGCUGCAGCUGCAGACUGAGGACGACAUGGAACCGGGUGAGAUCACCAUCGAUCCAUCUUUGGUUUUGUGUUACAAAUCCACGCACGAUUCCAACAUGUUGCAGCACGUUGUGCAAGAGGCCCAAACUGUCAAUGACACACUCGUUGAUGACGACGAGGUCAUCACGUUUGAUUACAUCACUCAGCACUACACUCUGCAGAAUCGAGACGAGUACUUUUGUCCCGGAACCGGGUGCACUAAGGUUUUUAAACAUUCCAAGUACUUAUACGUUCACCUAAAGUCCGACCACAAAAGUGACGAAAAUGUGACAUAUUAUUAUCAGAUGAGAGAGAAGCGGGUGAAGUGUGUCUUCUGUCGUCGCCAUUUUGUCUCCGCGUAUCAUCAACGCAAUCAUCGAAAGAUUCACUUUGGUUCGCACCCUUAUAUGUGUGCGGUGGUGGAUUGUGCAGCCCGAUUUGCAUCUUCCAAUGAACUUUUGAUGCACAAACCGGUCCACGGCUAUCAGAUCAACUUCCAGUGUCAGCUCACAGGCUGCUACUUAGCUUACUCUGACCUGGGGCAACUUUAUCACCACGAGGCGCAGCAUUUCAGGGAUGCUGCCUUCACAUGCCCCAGCAUCAAAUGUAAAAAAUUCUACUUUUCCAAAAGGGAAUUCAUUGAGCAUUUAUCCACACAUGGCAUUACAUUUUCCGAACAGGACUUUGAGGCUCAGAGGAAAGCAAAACAGAUCGUUUUUGAGGCUGAUUUAGAAAAAGCAGCUUCCGGUGUUAAGCCAGUUGAUACAAAAGGGAGCGUUAAUGGGCAUACUUUAAAAACAUCUUUGGGUAGUUGCGCUACUUCUUAUCUAUCAUCUGACAACACAGAGCCCAAAGCGGUAGUCACUCUGGUAGCAAUGUGUUUUGAUGGAAGCAAGUUCACCUGCGGAUUUGAAAAGUGUGGUAUGACUUUCUCCCGAGCUCGAGAUGUCCAAAGGCAUCUCAAACACGCCCACCCGGAUCAUCUUAAAUUGGAGAACAAGGAGCACAAACAUGAGAAGGAUCAAGACUCAAAGUCCAAAAAGAUCAAGAUAGAAAAGGAGUCGGACAUUGAGGAAGAUGAAUACCAACUCUCAGCUACAUGCUCACCUAUGGAAGAUGGCAAAGGAUGGACUGCUGCCCCAAAAUACAGAACAUGCCUGGCUAAAGAUGAUCUUUUUGAAGACAUUCUCAUCAGGCUCUAUAGGCUGGAUCUUAACUCGCUAACCACGCCAAGUCUACCACAUUCGUCCAUCUAUGGAGCAGAUGCAUCCCUUCACCGGUCUGUUGUAGAAAACCAACCAGUGGUUUUGCUUUCUAAAGCAGCCAAAGAAAAUGCAACCAGCUUAGCGGAACAUAACGCACUUCGCAAAGUGGAAAGUGUCGUCGUGGAAACGCUUGCCAACACUAAGCCCUACGUGUGCGAGAUCGGGAAAUGCGGUUUCAGGACUGGGCUGAGUUACAGCUUGCAGCGCCACUGUGUUUCUGUACAUGGCCGCACGCUGGAACAGGCCAAAAAGAUGAGUUGUUUAAGAAGCACAACCUUUAAGCCCUUUAAGUGUCAGCUGUGCUCCAGAGGUCACAGAGAACUACGACACUUAAAAUCCCAUUAUAUUCACGUACAUAAUAUUAGUGCCAGUUUAGUGGACAAACAAAGGUGUGAAUAUGCACAAUCAACAACCCCACAGAGCUGCAAGCUCAAGAUAGAAGUCCCGAAUUUGGAACAUGAGCAAAACUUCUGUAGUCCUUCUUCAUCCUUGGCUGUUAAUGGCACUGCAGAAGAAAAGGGAGAAAGCGAGGAUUUCACUACACCCCAGCUCAGAACAAGGCGCUUGGUAGCCAAAAGUAAUCUGGAUAACAUACUAGAUAAAUUAGGCAAACCCUUUCAAUGUGUGGCGAAAAACUGUGAGGCAGCUUUCUCCACGCAGGAAUGCCUCGUGGAUCACUUGCAGCUUGUGCACCACUACAAACGUUCUCAGCUCUUGUUGGAGCAAGAAUUCGAAACGCAACAGCACGAUCCUGUAGUCAAAAAGGAGAACACUAAGAAAAGCAGGCCUUACCAAAACUCGGAUGAACCUAAACCUCAGUUCAAAUGUCAGUUUGGCAACUGCAAGGCCUCAUACCACCUCAAAAGCAGCCUGGCACGGCACAUUCGCAUGUCCCACUCUCAGAUGGCGGGAAUGAUUAAAUGCAAGUAUGAGGGUUGCACAAAAGUAUUCAGCUGCAACGAUUCGCUAAAAAAACAUACUUUUUAUCGACACUUCCAGUACUACGACUCGCUGGUUGUAAGGCUCCAGAGCACUCACAAGAAGUCUGUUACGGGAUGCCAAAAGAAGCUUAUUGUCCCACCUACAAAACCUGUCAAAGAGGAACCGGGUGCACACCCAGCACUUGCAACAACAAAAAAACAACCUAAAUCCAAGAAAGUGUGCAAGAAGGUUACUACGGACAAGACAAAAUCUAGAACUAAAAGGGGCACUUUGAGAGGUCUUGUUUUCAAAUCUCCUGAAGAAGCGCUACAGAUGUGCCAAGACCGCUGUUUGCCUGUGGGGUACCCGUGCAUGAUUCAAAACUGUGACUCUGUCGUCAUGCACGGGAGAAGCUUGUUCCGUCACUACGAAGCCAUUCACCAAAUAUGCCGUAAAGAUGCCCAAGAAAAUAAUUUACUUACCAACGUAGAGAAUCUGGAGGAACUGAUUCAAAGGAAGUCAGCCAGGCAGACGGUUGAAGAAGCGAAGAACCAUAAAAGGGUUUUCAACACGGAGCCAGAGCUGGAGAAGUCAGAGGGACCGCCUGCACCUAGUAAACUGCACUCUGUCAAGGAUGAGAAUGUGACUAAUCCUGAUCCUCUGGGAUUCCCUGAGGAGGUGGAGAAGCCACCACCUCUUGAGAGAAGUAGUGUCCUUGUGGGUGCGGAUGACGUGUUGUACGGAGAACCGAGCACUGGCAGUCCCGCUGGGGACUCAGUCCUUGCACAACCGAGCGCUCCCAAACCAGUAGAGAAGUUAACCUUGGACAAAACCAAACUCCUCCUUCGUCCCCUUACUAUUGAUCUCUCACCUCCUUGCUCUGUAGUCUUUACCACCGAGGACAGCCUCCAAGCGACUUCAAGCAACAAAGAGGCUGGUAAAAUUGUGGCCGACUCUCCGUUGACGGCGCCUGUCCGGGAACCUCUUAAACGCAAAAAUGAGAUCCCCGCACAACCAUCAAGCGUAAAAGACUCUCAGCCGCCCCCCUCCCCGCCACGCUCUUUUGACAUCACCUCAUACAAGCCUAUUGGCUUUGAGGUGUCAUUCCUGCAGUUCAUCCAAGAGACUGCCCCGAAAGACAUAAAGCCGAUGACCGUCAAACUGCGAGAUACGUUCAAACACUGUUCCGUCAAAGAGAACAACCGGCUGGGAAUCAAGCUUACUCGCAGCAGGCGUAGCCAUUCCUCGCACAAGUCCCAGGGCACCACCGGGGACUACACAUCAGUCAGAAACUUAAAGUCCAUUCUGGAUAAAUCCCUGGCUGGGUGCGGGGAUCUGGCCAUUAAGCAGCUCCAGUACCUAAGACCUGUAGUGGUCUUGGGAAAGCCUGUUAGCACUGCCACCCUGCCUCACCUCUUCCCAUCUGACACCAACGGCAAACUGCUUCUGGGAAGCAAAGGUUAACUGUUCACUUUGUUUUUUAUUUAAAUUAAGUUAAAGUCUUCCUGUCUUAAUUGACACCAUUUUUGUUGUUUAGGUUGCCAAAUGGAAGACUUUUGCAAAAUUAGCCGCACAGGAACAUUUAAGCUCCAAGAAUGCAUAUGAGUUAAGAUGAUUUUUUUAAUAAGACUUCUCCUUAUAAAGCAUAUUGGUUAGUGUAUAUAUAGUAGUACGUCAACUUAUGUACAGAUUUGCAGAUUUUUUAGAAAACGGCCUGUGUGACAACAUGGACAAAAAACCCUGAAAAAUCUCUGGAUUAAAGAUUGUUUUGGUACUUUCUCACCCAAGUUUAGAUUACAUCUGUGUGCCAUUGCAGUGGACAGCGCUACUGUAGAUGUAUAUCUGUGUGUAACUUUCUAAUAAAUGUAAAAAAAGAUUCAGUGAUUGUUUUU